GCUGAGACUGGAAAGCUCCCGGGAAGGGCUGGAGCGGGAGGAGGACCUCGGACUGUGAUCGCUCGGCGCCCCCAGACUCAGGCAUUUUCAGCCCCCUGCUACCGGGAGCCAGAGGUAGCCUCAGCUGGGAGAGCAACAAGACUGGUACAAAAUGACAGCCCUGACAAUGACCAAGGAAGUACUCCAGGAGGAGACGCGGGUGGAAGAAGAAAAUUUAGCAUUGUAUGAAUCUACAUCUGCCCACAUUAUUGAGGAAACGGAAUAUGUGAAAAAGAUUCGAAGUACACUAGAGAAGAUCCGAUACCAGAUAUUUAAAGACGAUAUAGGUCACAAGAACACAAAUCACAAACUAGAUGCAAAGCACUGCUGUCACAAUACUGAUGGUGGGCCUGAAUCCCAGGUGGAGACCUCUUGCUCCAAUUUUGAUAUGAUUAUGGAGAAGAUGAAAGGCAAAGACCUACAGCUCCUAGAAAUGAACAAAGAAAAUGAAGUGCUGAAAAUCAAGUUGGAAGCCUCCAGAGAAGCAGGCGCUGCAGCACUGAGAAAUGUUGCCCAGAAAUUAUUUGACACCUAUCAGAAACAGUCUGAAGAACUUAGGAAAAAGCACGAAGAUGAUAAAAAGUUACUACAGGUGAGCAAACUUGAAAAAGAACAGAAAUUCAAACAACAUGUAGAAAGUUUGAAGCAAGUAACUGAGAGACUCGAAGGAAAGCACAGCAAGAUCACAGAACUGGAAAACCUAGUACAGAGAAUGGAAGAGGAAAAGAAAUUAUUGUUGGAAAGAAAAGUAUCUUUGCAAAUGAAGUUGGAGCAUCUCAGGCUGAACUCUAAAAAUGCUAAAAGUUGUAAGGACCUUCAGACAGAGAUUUCUACUCUUCAGAGGCAAAUUUCCUAUUUGCAGUUUAUGAUUCAUUCCCAACAUCAGAACCUACGCAGUGUGAUCCAGGAGAUGGAAGGAUUAAAAAAUGAUGUACAAGAACAAGAUAAAAGGAUUGAGACUCUGAAAGAAAAGGUGAAUGUCCUCGAAGCUCAGAAUAAAGACCUAAAAAGCAAGAUUGAGAUUUGGUCAGACAAUUCCAAGAUGAAGGCAUCUAAGGGAGUCUCUACAAGUGAAUUCAUGGCUGAAGACACCUCUCCCUAUCUGAUGCUAAUUAGACUACGGAAAUAAACCUUUGACAUGUAUUGGAUUAUGGGAGCUCCAGAAGACUCCUUAUUAUGCUGGCCUCUGUUUUUGAAUGAGCUCUACUGUUUGAUAUAUUUUAAAAACAUAGCCUAAAUGAGAAUGUUAAUUUGCUGCUGUCUCUGAUCUUCCAAAGGUUACCCAGGGGUGGGUAGAGACAUUUCGCUCUGCUUGGUGGGAAGAGAAUGCUCAGAUCAGUCAGACAAGCAUUUGGGUAAGAAAGCAACUUCCCCAGUACUGGGAUUUUGCCAUCCUGAACUAAUGGGGAAAUUUGCUUCUUCCCCAUGGAAAACACUUGAUUCUCUUUUCGAACUUGUUUGGUGUACUGGAUGUAAAAUAGA